GAUUUUCUUUUAAAUGUAUUAAUGCUAACACAAUAAUAAAAAAUGAAAAAUGAAAAAUGAUUAUUAGAACACAAACUAAACACUGUAUUUAUACACAAAGUAUCAGUUUUGCUAAGUCAUAUCGUAAAGGAAAUUUAUUGUUAACUGAUUUAAACCGUUAAGUAUGGAUUUAUUUAUAUUGAUCAUACUAUUGAAAUCAAUAAGUUUUUGUAUCGGUUUACCUGCAUUAGAACUUCACUGCAAUUUUUCAAAAUACAUGUUAAAUUUCUUUAAGCAUAAUGAAAAAUAUUUAUUGCAUCUAGAAAAACGAAACAAUAUUCAACCAGUUGAUUUUGAAGACUUAAAUACCUAUGGCGCAGCUUUAAAAACACAUGGGAAAAUCAUUAUGGCUAUGUUAGAUGCAUUUCGGAUAUUCAGUACAGAUCCUAUAGCAAAUGAUUUGAUGUCUAUUAAUUUAUACUUGAACAAUGUUUCAGGCUCAUUAAAUUUUAUAACUAGAAAUUGCUCUGGAAAAUAUAAUCGAAAUCUUUCGAACGUUCUCAGAGGUUAUCAAUUACAUCAUAGAACAAUAGUUGACGACCUAAAUGAAUAUAUUAACAAAAAAUGCACAAAUGUGACUGUUGAUGAAGAUUUUAUAAAAUGUCCCGAUUAUAACAAAUCAGGUAUAUAUAAUAUUAAAGAUUUGCCAAAAAUUUCUGAACAAUUAAAAAACCGAUUUAAAAACUAUAAUACUAAUAAUACGACCCUAAUGGUUAAUAAAAAUGAGAUUUUCAAUGCAUUACUCUCUUCUCUUAACUCAACAAAAUAUAAUGACUUUAAUCCUAAGAACUUACUAUUUUUUGAUCUGUUGAAUCAUAACGUAGACAACAAACUUAUCACGAUAGACAAUCAUGAUAAACAAAAUACUUCAAUAGAAAGUAAAAAAAAUUUAGAUUUAUUGAGAUAUGCACGUGUUAAAUUUAAAUGUCCUGAUGAAUCGUUUUUAAACUUAACCGAUGUUUUCCAAUAUAUGUUGUAUAGUUUCAAAGGCCAAAAUAUGCUUACAUUCCAAGAAUUAGUAAUAGCUGCAUCUAUAAAACCUUUAAUUGCACUCGCACGAACUUUUAGUCAGUUUACUAAUAAUUUAUCAAAAUCCUUUAAUGAAAGAAUUAUGCAAAAAAAAUAUGUAAAUUUUGAAAAAUUAGUUGAUGUUGGUGUAGAAAUUAUAAAGAGUUUAAAUAUUAUAAUUCAUCAUAAAAUGUUCAUAGGUGGUCCAGAAAACCUGCUUAAUACAUUAUUGGAUGUUUUAAAAGAAAUUGUUGCUCGCUAUAAGUAUAAGAUAGCAGACAAUAGUUUAAAAUUAAAAAGUAUCAUAGUAGCUGUUUCUGCAUUGUUAAAGAGUAAUAAAUUAGAUUAUACAAUUGGUAAUGACAUGAGUCAAAAUAUCAAUGGAACGAACUAUGAUUCGAUAUUUUCAACAAUCGAACAAUAUUCCCGAAAAGUUUCUUUUUAUGUAACAGAAUUAAAAAAAUUUAAGCAACUAUUUAUAAUUGUGCACGAGACUUAUUUUUUUAAAUAUCUUUAUGUCAGUAGAAAUAAGAAUUUUAUUGUUGAUGAUAUUAUUGAAUAUAUUUGCAACCAGAGAAGUUACACAAAUUUAUUUAACAAGAAUAAUGUAAUUGAUAUUCAAACAGAAACAAAGACCGAGGUAGAUAAAAACGAUGAUUUUACAUUUGAUAUAGAAGAUUCGAUCAACAAUCUUUACACAGAAAUCGUAGAAAGUAGUGAAACUUCAAAUCAAGAGGUAGAUUUUGUCUCGUGUACAAUUCCAGAAAGUCAAACUAAAAACAGACCGGAAUACAUAAAAGAUUAUCUUCUUUUUAGUAAUUUAAGCUAGUUGUCAUUUUUUUUUAAUAUAUAUAAAAACACAGCAGAACACAAUUAAUACCUUCUCAGCUGCAUUGAUAAUAUAUUUGAAUAUUUUUUUUUUAAAUGGAAGAAUCAAACAAUUUUUUAAAAGUUUACUCUUGAAAUAUUCAUUGGUAUAUAUAUUUUUAAUCUAACCCUUAACCUGCCCAGAGGGGGGAUUCAUAAUGACAAUUUUUUUCACUUAACAUUUAAAGUGUUCGGAAAUACUGACACUUUUAUAUACAUCUUAAAUUGAAGCUAUUGAAAUAAAUUUUAUAAAAAAACUGUUCUCUGGAUUUUAUUGUAGAUUGAAAUUGCUAUCCUAUUCAAAAAUAUGCUUUUUUUGUGAUAAAAUUUUUGAUUUAAUAUGUUUAAUGUACAUAUGUAUUUUUUUGUAAAAUGUAAGAAUAAAUUAAAUAUUUGUUUAAGAAUACUUCAUAUAUACUACUAGCCUAUCUUUAUGGUAAAAUGAACAUUUAUAUCAAAGAAAAAAAUUCUAAAUAUUUUUAUAUAAACUUAAUACUCACAACUUUUUUUUCAACCCAUUAUAUUUUGUCAAUAAAAUAAAAAAAUAUACGAAAUUGUAUAGAUCUUUUUAAAGGAAAAUUCUACAUUUCUUUUUGUUAAUGCCAAACAACACUUUAUAUAUACUUAUAAGAUGCACAUUAAAAAUUGCAUAAAUACUAUCUAAAAAAAACCCAGCACAGAGGGAUCGCGGCACAGUGGUGACGUGGCAUAGUUCGAUCAAGUAUUAUGAUAUCUGACAGUGAUUUAAAUCACUAUCAAAAAAAACGCUUCGAUGCAAAUCUUUAGAUAGUGUUUAAUUUUAAAAAAUUGGUGGAUUAUACCAAAAGCAACAUGAUCUGCUAGUUCAUUAUUAAUAUCCUGAUUCAGAUAAAGUAUGUCGAAUGAAAAAGGGAUUAUUAAAAAAUAUUAUUUCUCAUAAAAAAAUUAUGUUGAUCCAUACACUUUUCAAUAAGUUAUAUCAUUAUAAAGUUAAAAAUGUAAAAAAUAAAAUCGAAAAUUUUCACACAAUAAUAGCAUUCGGUAGCCAUUUUCACCAUGAAAAUAAAAUAAAGUCCGAAUUUUUUUUUUUCCAUAAUAAAGUACAUUAUAUUAUCUUUAAUUUAAGAUAUAUAUAAAAGUGUCAGACCUUCCGGAACAUUUUCAGAAGUUAAGUUGAAAAAGUUAAUUUUUGGUGAAAAAGUUGUCAUUUUAAAUCCCCCCUUGUGGGCAGGUUAAGGGUUAAAUUUAUGAAAAAAAUAUACCAAAUAAAAGGUAAUGAUAUUAUACAUCUAUAUAAAAAAGAAUUAUAUUGAUAUGUUUAUUUUUAAAAAAGUUAUGGCACUUUUAAGUAAAAAAAAUUUCGAAUAUUUAAAAAUUAGCGAUUUUUAAAUUUGUAAUUUUUUUGGAGGUAUCCUCCAUUUAUGGGGAACGAGGGAAUUUUUUUCAAUUUUUGAGGAUAAUGCCUUCGACUAGAUACGAUUUGUGAUCUUUUGACGUAUCAUUGAAAGACAUCGGUUCUGUGAGAAAAAAAAAAUAAACACAUCUUACUAAAACCAAUACCUUCUCAGCUUCGCAUCGAAGCUAAUAUUGAUAGUUAACAUUUAACACUAAUAUAUAUACAUAUAAUAUAUUAGAAAAUUUCAAUUAAAAACUUAAGUAUAGAAAGGAUUUGAAAGAGACAACCUAUGCACGUAACACAUUUUUACAACUAAAUUUUUGAAAAUGUCUUGAACUCUGUUGAAACAUAUAGCUCAUUUACACUGUCUUUGGCGGCAGUGAACCUCUAACAAAUCUUAAUCUAUAACAAGUCAAAUAUCUUAAAUAAUACUGUAAUUAUAUAAAAAAAACCUUUAACAAUUAUUUUACUAUACGAAAUCGUACGUCAAAGCAGAAAGAAUUUUAUUUUUUAUAAAAUAAAUCCAAAUUAAUGUCCCGACAAUAUUUUUUCUAUGAGUUAUUUGACUUUAAACAUAAAAUUGCAAUUUUUUUUCAAAAAAAUCGUUAUUUUAUUUAAACUUUGACCAUGAAUUUAAUUCCUAUUUUUAUAGAGAUGACUUAAAAAGAUUUUUGUUAAAAAAUGAUCAGGUGACAGGACAUAUAUAUUAUUUAUAUUGUCCAAACGAUAUAAAAAACACAUCAGAGAGAAUAUUACCUGGGUUUCAUGAAUUUCAUGUUACCGUAAGAUAGUAGUUGAUUGUUUAGCAGAAUGGCAUAGAUUAAAUAGAAUAAAUCAUAGAAAUUACCAAUGCAUAUUGUUUGAUAUAUAAGUGAA